UUGACACCAUGAAGAUCCCAGUUCUUCCUGCUGUGGUUCUUCUCUCCCUCCUGGCCCUCCACUCUGCCCAGGGGGCCGCCCUGGGGAGCUCUGAGGAAGGAACCACCCUAGGUAAUUAUGCCUCAGGACCUGAGACCUUUAACCCCCAAUUCCUGAACCUGGACAAGUUGAGAUCUGCUUUCAAGACAGAAGAAUUCCUGAACUGGCAUGCCCUCUUUGAGUCCAUCAAAAGGAAGCUCCCUUUCCUCAACUGGGAUGUCAUUCCUAAGCCGAAAGGGUGGCGGAGUGCAGCUCCUGAUGCCUAGUGGCCGUGAGCUCCAGCAUCCAGCGCUGCUGACACCCCCUGGAGGCGGGGGCGAGGGUGCCAGCUGACCACCAGCCCACGCGCCGGCUUUCCGGGAUCGUCACUCCAAUAAAGUGGUUUCCAAUCACA